GAAACAAAUCAUCAAGGUUUAGAAAUUAGUAGAAUCUAGAUGUCUUGUUCUGAAAAAACGACGGUGGAUCCACUUCUAAGAGAUUUAGAUGAGAAGAAAGAGAGUUUCCGGCGAAACGUGGUGUCUUUGGCGGCGGAGCUGAAACAAGUGAGGGGCCGUUUGGUUAUUCAAGAACAAUCCUUUCUUAAAGAAACCAUAACUAGAAAAGAAGCAGAGAAAAGGGGAAAGAAUAUGGAAAUGGAGAUGUGUAAAUUGCAGCAGAGAUUGGAAGAAAGGAAUUGUCAGCUUGAAGCUUCUGCAUCUGCUGCUGAUAAGUUUAUCAAAGAGUUGGAGGAAUUUAGAUCAAAGCUUGAUGCAACCAAGCAAACCGCAGAGGCAAGUGCUGAUUCUGCUCAAUCUACACAGAUCCAAUGCUCAAUGCUAAAGAAACAACUUGACGACAAAACACGUUCUCUCAGAGAACACGAAGACCGUGUGACUCAGCUCGGUCAUCAGCUUGAUGAUCUACAGAGAGGUCUGAGCCUGAGAGAGUGCUCAGAAAAGCAGCUUAAAGAAGAAGUUAGGAGAAUCGAGCGUGAGGUUACUGAGGCCAUUGCAAAGGCUGGGAUAGGUGGCAUGGACUGCGAGCUGCAGAAACUUCUAGAAGAUGUCUCUCCAAUGAAAUUUGAGAAGAUGAAUAGGCUAGUUGAAGUAAAAGACGAAGAGAUUACGAAACUGAAAGAUGAGAUAAGGUUAAUGUCAGGUCACUGGAAACAUAAGACUAAAGAACUUGAAUCUCAGCUGGAGAAACAGAGAAGAACUGAUCAAGAUUUGAAGAAGAAGGUACUGAAACUAGAGUUCUGUCUACAAGAAGCUAGAAGCCAGACAAGAAAGCUGCAGAGGAAAGGGGAAAGAAGGGACAUGGAGAUCAAAGAGAUAAGAGAUCUGAUAUCGGAAAAACAGCAGCUUAACAAUGAGUCUUGGGAUAAACAGAAGUUCUGGGACAAUUCAGGGUUCAAGAUCGUUGUGUCAAUGUCUAUGUUGAUGUUAGUGGUAGUCUCCAAGAGAUGACUCUUUGUUUUUGUUUUUUUGUGUAUUAUAUAAAUUUAGUUGCAGAUAGUUGACGAUAAUCUAACUCAUGUAUUAAUAAUAGUUGGUAGGUAGGUGAAUUUGUAGUCUCUUUUUGAAAACAGCUUCCAUUACAUAACUGCCAUGUCCUUUGGUACACAUACCUGUAUGUUGUCUUCACGGCUAAUAUAUUUAAUUGAAUAGU